UAUGGAGGGAAUUCUUGUGGGGAGCUCUUGCAGGGGCCUUUGGUGAAGGAAUGAUGCACCCCAUCGAUACAAUAAAGACUCGAAUUCAAAGUCAAGCUGUUCUUAGUGGAUGCCAGUGUGAAUGAUUUUUGUUCCUGCUAUUGUCAGAACCAAAAAAACAUAUUGCAGAUGAUGCAAAGAGUCUGGACUGCAGAUGGAAUAAGAGCUAUGACCUCCUAUAGCACUCGUAGCCCCUACCAGCUAGCCGAGCAUCACUGCAGCUCUUGGCCAGAUUCAGGACCGCCACCCAGACCCUCCUGCCGCUCCAGCCUCCAUUCGACGCCCCCAACCACCAGCUGCAACCUGAGCGCAUCACACUAGCAGCAGACGGCCAGCCGCUUCCCCAUGAGCCUCGCAGCAACCAUCGCCGUCAAUCCUCCUGUCGCUGCUGCCAGCCUCCACGCCACCACGCAUGAGCCCUCUCCGCUGCCAGAAACGGUUCCCAGCCACCCAUAGCCAAAACGACACACCAGCGGCUAGCAGCUCUAGACCGCCCAGCCUGGCAGUCAUCACGUCCACGGCCAGCCACCAACCACCCAACUCCGGCGGAAUCCCCAGCGGCUUUUAUAGAGGAAUAACUCCUGGGGUUACUGGAUCUCUUGCAACUGGUGCAACAUAUUUUGGUGUCAUAGAGUCCACCAAGAAAUGGAUUGAGGAAUCACAUCCUAGCCUCAGGGGCCACGGGGCGUAUUUCAUUGCCGGAGCAGUUGGAGAUACGCUUGGUUCUUUUGUGUACGUUCCAUGUGAAGUGGUGAAGCAACGGAUGCAAGUGCAAGGCACAAGAACAUCUUGGAGCUCUAUUGUCGUGCAUGACAGUGUUGGCCGGAAACCUGGCAUGCAAAUGUAUGGUUACUAUUCAGGAAUCUUUCAGGCUGGUCGCUCAAUUUGGACAGAACAAGGGUUCAAGGGAUUAUAUGCAGGAUACUGGUCUACGCUAGCAAGGGAUGUACCAUUUGCUGGUAUAAUGGUUACUUUUUAUGAAGCCUUAAAGGAUUGGACAGAGUACGGGAAGCAAAAAUUGAUAUCCAACCCAGAGUACCAUGCUAAUAGUUCUGUUGAGGGACUCGUAUUAGGAGGAUUAGCUGGUGGUUUUAGUGCUUAUCUCACCACUCCCUUGGAUGUAAUCAAGACAAGAAUGCAAGUGCAGGGAUCAACUCUAAGGUACAAUGGUUGGUUGGAUGCGAUUUGUCAAAUAUGGAUGGUUGAAGGCACAAAGGGAAUGUUCAGAGGUAGCAUUCCUAGGAUUAUGUGGUAUAUUCCAGCCUCUGCUUUAACAUUCAUGGCGGUGGAGUUCCUCAGAGAUCAAUUUGGUAGUGGGCUCGAAGAUAGAAAUAUACGAGAAGUUGCAAACUUAUCGAUCGACAAGACAAAAGGAUCUUCUCUGCAAGAAGUCUUGUAGAGACUCUGAUAUGAUUAUAUUUGGUAGAAUGGUGAUGAGACCUUUUUUCCUUCUCUGAAAAUCAUGAUGGGAUGUUGCACGAUACAAGAAAUUUCAGGAGUUUCCUGGGCAAACUCCCAAGAAUGGUCAUACCCAAUUUUCCAAUUGUAUUUCUUUCAAUGGAAUAAUUCCAGUCAACAAUGUGGGACUCAUGAUGCAAUCGCCUUGUUAAGUAUUUGAGACACAUGCAUUGAUGGCUUCUAAGAAAGUUUUUUGCUUGAA